ACAUUUACAUGAUCUGAUCACCCAACUGUCAGUUGUGUCAGGUGAUUUGUCGUGGUGGCUCAUUGGUGGCUAGUGCCGAGUGAUAAAACUCAUCGCAUUAUAGAGUAUCGUUUGCUGAGUGGAAAAUACUUUUAUUCUGCGAGAAUGGAGAAUAACACAAGUUUGGUGGUGAAGAGUCCCAACACAAAAUACACCGACGAAUAUAUUUUCUCCGACUACGAGUAUGAAGAGACUUUGGUUACUAAAACUGGAAAUGAAAUUGUGGCCAAGCCUUAUCGCAAAGCCAUUUGCCUUCGCACUGGGAGGAAGGUGGGUAAAGUUGGAGUUAUGCUGGUCGGUUGGGGAGGUAACAACGGGUCCACAUUCACUGCUGCGGUACUGGCCAACCGACACCAAUUGUCAUGGACUACGAAGAAUGGACAGAUGGAUUCAAACUGGUUUGGAUCAAUAACACAAGCUUCUACAGUCAGGCUUGGUAUCGAUGAGAAAGGUCAAGAUGUUUUCGUGCCCAUGUCCCAACUGUUGCCCAUGGUUCAUCCUGAUGAUUUAUUUAUCGACGGCUGGGACAUCAGUCCUCUAAACCUGGCCGAGUCUAUGGUCCGCGCCAAGGUCAUAGACUACGACCUUCAGCAGAAGCUGAGGAAGGAGAUGGCUGCCAUGAAGCCUAGACCCGCCAUUUAUGACCCUGACUUCAUUGCUGCCAAUCAGGCGGACCGCGCUACCAACCUUAUCCGCGGCACCAAACAAGAGCAAUACCUGCAACUGCGCGCUGACAUCAAGGACUUCCGGGACAAGAAGAAGCUGGACAAAGUGAUUGUGUUGUGGACGGCCAACACAGAAAGGUUUUGCGAAUUCCGCGCGGGCGUUCACGACACGUCUGAGAAUUUGGAGCGCGCGCUCCGCAGCAACGACUCUGAGAUAUCUCCCUCUACUAUAUUCGCUCUAGCCGCUAUCGACGAAGGGUGUACCUACAUCAACGGAUCUCCCCAAAACACCCUCGUGCCGGGAGUGGUGGAGCGGGCGGAGAAAGCGGGCGUGUUCGUGGCGGGCGACGACUUCAAGUCCGGGCAGACCAAGCUCAAGUCGGUGCUGGUCGAUUUCUUGGUGUCCGCCGGUCUCAAACCUGUCUCCAUCGUGAGUUACAACCAUCUUGGAAACAAUGACGGCAAGAACCUCUCGGCGCCGAAACAGUUCCGCUCAAAAGAAAUAACAAAAAGCAACGUCGUUGACGACAUGGUGGAGUCCAACGGGAUGCUCUACAAGCCUGGCGAGAAGCCGGACCACGUGGUUGUCAUCAAAUACGUGCCGUAUGUCGGGGAUUCAAAACGCGCCAUGGACGAGUAUACCUCGGAGAUUCUCCUCCACGGCACCAACACUAUAGUUGUUCACAACACUUGUGAAGAUUCCCUGCUGGCUGUGCCCCUCAUACUGGACCUGGUGGUCCUCGCUGACCUGUUCUCCAGGGUCCACUUCAGACCUGAUGAAUCUCAGGAAUGGAGCAGGAUGCACAGCGUGCUGUCUCCUCUAUCGUACCUGCUGAAGGCGCCCCUGGUGCCGGCCGGCACCCCGGUGGUCAAUGCGCUGUUCAAACAACGCGCCUGUAUUGACAACCUACUGCGGGCCUGCCUCGGAUUGCCGCCUCAGAACCACACGCAACUCGAGCAUAAAGUGCCAUUCCUGAUGUCGGAGCUGCAAUCUGGCCGCAUGUUCUCGGGCGCUCCGCCCCCCAAGAAGCAGAAGAUCUCCCAAGCUAAUGGGGACCACUAAAUUAUGGCGCUCCGCCCCUUCCCCUGGUAGGUAGUUACGCCAUAUCAUUAUAAAGUCCAUUCUUUACUUACCGAAAUAGAGGCAGGUAAUCAAUCUUGAUAUAAGUCUUUUAAUUAAAAAAAAAUCUAUAAUAAAGUAUGCAAAAUAAUUAAAUAUGACAAAUGUUAUUACAUUUUGAUUUUUCUUUUCAUGGCUAUUAAUUAUUUUUUUAUGUAUUUUUCAAGAUAAAGACAUACCAAGAUUGUUUAUACCUUUUUGCUCAGUAUUAAAGUAAUGGACUAUAGUGACAUGGAUUCCACACAGAUAAAUACAUACAGUAUCUCAUCUGUAAUUUAUCCUUUUUUAGGACAAGUGUUUAGAACUUGUUUUCAGUGUACGUAAUUUAUCUUUCAUUUCAAAAUAUACACUCCUUUUUGAAGAAAUAUUAUUUGAUUGUAUUCUACAUUAAUCAAUAUAAAAACUAAUUAAAAUUCUGUAUUGACAAAAUGCUAUUUCUUGUCAGAAUAAUAAUGCCAAAUCUGAAUGUAUCAAUGCUUGUAGGUCGUUAUUUGUUGUUCAAUACACAAGAUUACUUAAAGCAAUGUUAGAUAGCUAAUAACAGCUUAUGAAAUUAUCAAUUAUUAAUUCUUCGCUGUUUAUAAAAAAUAAUUCUGAUACUGAAAAGGGAAGGGGCGAUUAAAUGGACAAAUGAAUGUUAUAUUUUUACGUUAUAUUAUCUGUGUGUUUAAGCGUUAUAGUUUUAUAUUUAAUAAUAAUUAUCUGAAUAAUUGAAUAUUAAUAUUUCUGUUUAUCACGUUUAUGAUGUUUUGUCUUAAACCUGUAUUAUUUCUGUGUAUUCAACGAAAAUAAGUUAGCAAUAUCCUACGUUUUCUGUGAUAAGAAUUCGUUAUAAUUUGUUUGUGAUCGCAAGACUUUAAAAGUCUAUAAAAGUAUUUAAGCAUGCGUAUUUUAGUCGAGAAAAAUUAUUUUUCGGUAUUUAUCAAAUAUUUAUUUUAUAAUUUAAAUAUGAUUCCUAUAUGAAAGUAUUUAUUUUUUUCUGUUUAAAAAUAAAGUAUGGACCUUAUAUAAAACCACUUAGUUAUGUCGUUGAAGAAAUACUUUAAAGUAUGUAAUAGCAUUUUUUUUUAGUUUAUACAUAUAUUAACGAAGAUAAAACAAUAAUUCGGCUCAUAAAAAAUCAAUUAACUUGUUCAGGAAAUUAUAUUUUUUAUAAUUGUUAUAUUGUUUAUUAGAAAAAAUAUCCAUUAUUGAACCCACCCUUAAAAUAUUUGUAUAUUUAUUUCACAAUAAAAUUGUUGUUAUUUGAAGUUUUAUAAUAUUUGUUCCGUUCCUGUCGAUACCUGUUAAGUCUUCUUAUAUGUAAAACAUAUGUAUAUUAUAUAGAUGUUACACAAUCCUUAUUGUAGGUUUGUCCAGUGUUUAGUGAACACGCUCGUGAAAUGUAUGGUUUUAUAUGUAGUGUUAACAUCUCGAUUUAUAUUUGCUUGUUGGUGUAUUCCCAAACAUUUUUUAUAAUAUGCUAAACAAAACAUUUUGGAAUAAUGUAUAUACAUCAAAACAAUUUAUAUUACAAAAAAUGUAAAUUAAUUUAUAAAAUUACCGUACUUUUAUGAUUAUUAUAAACACCUCAGUGAUGUGAUAAUCUAUCGUUAUUACGCUGAAUUAAUUUUCUCGUUAUGUGCUUCUUAAAAAUUGGAAUAUGCAGAAAUUAUUUUAUUACAUUUGUAGUUUUGGGAAUAUGCCAAUCUCACGUGUCAAUAUCAAUGUAAAAAUUACAAAGUUGUAUUUUGUAGUAUAUUUACCGUUUAAAAUGUUGGACCAGUGCUUCUAGGCUAUGUAAGAAUGUGAUUCUUCAUGAUUUGUACUUACAAAUUAUAUUUAAGGAACAAAUGAUUUGUUCGUACAUAUAAAUUUAAAUGCAAGUGAUUGUUAAAACAUUUUUUGUGAAAUGCGGCGGUGUUAAGGAAACGGGGUUGCAAUUUAUAUCUUCAAUAGCUUUAGAAAUAUCGACUACUAUUACGCAUUUAUUUAGUUGCUUCUUAAAACAACAGUUGUCAUUGGUCUUGUAUUUUUUUUCUUUUAAUCAGACAAUAGUAACUAGCUAGCAGAGACAUGCUUUUAUAUAGAUCUGUUACGAAUUAUUAUUAUCACCAAACUCUUAAAAGUAUCAGUGUUCAAAGUAAUUUUGGAAGCUUUUCAGAAACACACUUAUGCUCAUAAAUGUAUACCCAUUAUAUAAGGUGCAAUCACUAUAAAUUGAACCUUAUAUUCUUAGGAAUAAGGUUUUAAAUGAUAAUUGAGUAUAUCUUUAGUGUUAUAUUCACAUGUUCUAUUAAACAACGGGUUUUAAUUAUAUGUUAAAGAAAAUGGCGUCUUAUUGCAAAGUGUAUUUUGCGAUUUAUCUAAUCGCUGUGUUAGAUGUAGGUUAGGCUCUAUACACGUGCAUUUAUAUCGAAAUAAACUUUGUAAUUGGAUUUCAUCUUUUAUUUUUAUUCUUGGCCUUCUCAAUUCUUUAAUACGUUUAGAGGCUCACAUUAUGAACAUUAUUUUCUUUUUGUUUGAAAAAUACACUCUAAGUUGACUUACAGGUAAAGAUUUAAAAAAGUGGAGAAAAUUCUUUAAUUCUGUUAUUCAGACAUUUGCAUCUUAGAUUAAAUAAAUAACUAAAAAAAAUUUAAAUUUAAAGUCUAUUUAAAUGAUGUUACCUGGCAGAACCCAGUCACAGUUAUUGAAUAAUAUUUACGAUUUAAUAUGUAGUAUUAAGUGUAUGUAUUUGUGACAAAUUCCCAAAAUAUCUAUGCAAGUAUGGCUGGAAUUUGAAAUGUUUUGAGGUCCUGCCAGCGAGCACACUCCAGCACAACCCUUUUAUUUUUACGUUAUCUAUUUUAUUUACUAUCUCAGCAUUAAAUAAAUGUAUAUAAAUGUUAGUAUUUUCUCUCACUUUUUAGUUUUUUUUUCCAUUUCUUUUCUAUUCAUAUUUGUGAUGUAUUCAAGGUUAUUUCAAUUAAAACACAAUGUCGGAUUAA